AUGAAGGCUACCUGGUCUACCGGAGAAGAGAUACUUCACAUUUUGUCAAGUGUAAUUCCAUUGAACAAUGGUUACGUUGUUCCUUAUACUAGUUUUCUACUUAGAAAGUACCAGGCACAUAUUAAUGUGGAAUGGUGCAACCAGUCUGGUGCUACCAAGUAUUUGUUUAAGUAUAUCAACAAGGGUCCUAAUAGAGUUACUAUUGCUGUUAAUAAUGAGAACUCAGCUGAGCCAAAUGUUAAUGAUCAGAAUGAGCAGCCAAAUGUUGACGAGAUUGAACAAUUCUAUGAUUGUAGAUAUAUAUCUGCAUGUGAGGCAGCAUGGAGGAUUUUUAAAUAUGACAUACAGUAUAGGUUUCCUGCCAUUGAGCGAUUACCAUUUCAUCUUCAAAAUGAACAAUGUGUGACUUACGAAGACGAUUCCGAUUUAUGUGAUGUUAUAAACAAGCCUUCUGUUGGUACAUCCAUAAGAUGGGUAGGUAGACAGAAACGUGGAUCUGUUGGAAGAAUUCAUUAUGUCCCUCCAUCUCUAGGAGAAUGUUAUUAUCUGCAGAUUCUUCUAAAUAAAGUUAUAGGGCCAACUUCAUUUGAAGAUAUUCGUACCGUCAAUGGUCAAGUGUACCCUUCUUAUGAAGAAGCAUGUUUUGCUUUAGGUCUAUUGGAUGACGACAAAGAGUAUGUUUCGUGUAUUAAUGAAGCUAAUGCAUGGGCAUCAGUUUAUCUAGACCAGCAUCUGUAUGGUGCCAAACAUGGAGAGGAUAUGUCAGAUGACAUUCUCCAUACACAAAGGAUUCGUACUAAAAACCCAGAAGAGAUUAAGAAUCAUGCAUUAGCUGACAUAGAAUGGUUGCUUAGAAACAAUGGCAGCACGUUGGCCAAUUUUCCCGACAUGCCUUCUCUUGAUCAACGAUACGUCAUUAGCUCAUCCAAUCUGUUGGUCCAUCAAGAACUUUUAUAUAACAAAGAUUUGUUACAAGAUGAGCACAAUACCCUUCUUUCCAGUCUCACAAGUGAGCAAAGUUGUGUUUAUGAAACUGUCAUGGCUGCUGUUGAGCAUCAACGCGGAGGUAUCUUUUUUGUUUAUGGAUAUGGUGGUACUGGUAAGACGUUUAUUUGGAAAACUUUGUCUGCUGCCUUGCGUUCUAAAGCUAAUAUUGUAUUAAACGUUGCUUCGUCUGGUAUCGCAUCCCUUUUGUUAAGUGGUGGUAGAACCGCUCAAUCCAGAUUUAUCAUUCCUAUUAACGUUAAUGAGGAUUCAGUCUGUUCUAUCCAACCUAACGGUGAUUUGGCACAACUCCUAAGGAUGACCAAACUUAUCAUUUGGGAUGAAGCGCCAAUGACUCACAGGCAUUGUUUUGAGGCUCUAGAUAGAACGCUUCGAGAUAAUCUUCGUUUUAAGGAUGCAUCUAACGAAGACAGGCUAUUUGGAGGAAUGGUUGUGGUUUUUGGAGGUAACUACAGGCAAAUUCUCCCCGUCAUUCCUAAAGGAAGCAGACAUGAAAUAGUGAAUGCCUCCCUGAACUCUUCUCACCUUUGGAAUCAUUGUCAAGUCCUUAAGCUUCAUGUCAAUAUGAGAUUGCAAGUUGGAGCAGGCUGUGAUAAAAACGAAAUCAAAGAGUUUGUAGAUUGGAUAUUAAAGAUCGGUGAUGGUAAAAUCGGAGAACUAAACGAUGGAGAUGGCAUUAUUAAUAUUCCGGAAGAGUUGCUUAUUACAGACACAGUUGAUCCAAUUGGUUCUCUCAUAUCAUUCACAUACCCUGAUAUUUCAAGAAAUGUUUCUGAUCCUUCUUAUUUUCGCGAUAGAGGGCCAAUUUUGACAUUCUGCCAAACUUGCCCUCGUGGGGCGCGUAAGCUAGGUGUGGCUAUUACGUGGGGCGCGACAGACCUCCAGUACAGAAACACUGAACAUGGCCUUUCCAGCUAUUUUUGA